ACUAUUGAACAGAAUGUAUUUGCGCCGUUUAUUGCAGAAUCACAAAACGAAUGGCGAUGGAUGGAACUAUUUCAAAAGGAAUUACGGCCCUGAGGGAAUCAUGGCCAGGCCAGAAGAGUGGGCUCGUUGCUAUACCAAAGGAGACGUAACGCACAAUUUGGCAAUUGAGAGACACAACAGAACGCUGAAAGACCAUGGACUUCAAAGGACGCACCGGAUUGACCAGCUUUGUCAAGACAUAAUUAAUUUCGGCGGGUUCAUGAAGAGAAGGCGGCUGCUGAUUUCUCAUGGCAUCUUGGGAGGUUCGAAGCCCUCCACUGCACAAAAACGACACAUCUCACUCCACCCGGGUAAAAAAGAAAUGUAACUCCUAAACCAGAUUGACGAGGGAAUGGUGGUUAAGAAAUUGUGCGAAAACGAUGUGCUGGAGCAAUAUCUGCUGAUUGCCAACGAUUUUCCUUGUAAUCGAGUUUUGUGCCAGAUUCGAUGCUCCAAGUGCCCUCCGUCCAACAUUUGUGGCCACACCUUCGUUUGCAAUUGUCCAAACUAUGCUCGGGAAGGAAACUGCAAGCACCUCCAUCUUGUCGCUAUGGAAUUGGUUUGCCCUAGCCCGCAUCCCGACCACGAUUACUGUGGAACCACAAAUACACUUGACCCGUACGACGUCAGCGAAGAGCAAUUGGUUGAAAUCAGCGAUGAGGUUAAGACUUGUGUGGACUUCGAAGAUGCGGACCCACCGGAAAAUGGAAUGGAAUGUGUAGUUGAAAGAACUAAAGAGGAAGUAUUGCAAUCUGAAGGAUCUGAAAAGGCGUUCUUUCUAAAACUAGAGAGCGUUUGGUCGAAAGUUCUUUUGCGACUCUCAGAACCCAACAUUCCUCUUGGUGUGAGAGAGGCCAAGUUGAAGACCAUCUUAACUCUGGUUGAAAAUGAAGAUAAGAUUCCCCUCACAAUUUUUCCAAAACUGGACGGCAAAAGGAAAAGGGAACGCGUGCCUUCACUGUUCCCGAAGAAUCCUAAGAAGUGCAAAAAGGAGAUGAUCCAAUGCAAGCCGGCAUCACUCCGAAAAGAGCUCUUGGAGCAAUGUGUCAAGGCUCCAUUAAACGAAGUGUGUUGGAUGUACCGUACUUGCUAUCUCUCAAUCAACAAGACGUUCUACAAUGUGCCAGAGACCUAAACAACGAAGAGAAGUCAUUUCUUGAACAGAACGAGAACGCUAGAGUAGCGUGGAUGUGUGCGGCUUGUAACAGCGUGGCCGACAGCAAUAAAAACAUAUCCGGGUACAUCCAAUGUGAUUUUUGCCAAAUGUGGUUCCACGGGUCAUGUGCCAAUUUGAACUCAACCGUAAUUGAGGACAAUGACGACGAAUUAGAGUGGACGUGCACUAAAUGUCUGCCGCCAUCUGAUUUGUGAUUCUUUCAAAGUACUUACCUAUUUCUAGUUAUAAACUGUAUUCAAAACGUUA